UCAACACGAACUGACUGAACAGGAAAAAAACUCUUCACCUGAGAAAAGAACACAACUGCAGAACCGCCAGAUCUUAUAUGAACUGACUAAUUUAGACACUUGAAGAAGACGUGCAAGGCACCGACAAAAAUAGCCUAACCUAAAGCAGGCUGACAUGCUGGAAUAACCCUGAUGACGGGUAAUCUGAUUAGCGCGCCAAGACGUGUUGUGUUUGUGUGCUGUCUGUUCCCGAGACGCCGGCGGAGGUUCACUGACUGAACUGCCCAACAGUCGGCUACAUCCCCUCCUCGGGCGUCGGUGCGCAUUUUGUAUGCCGGUGGUUGCACCUGACCAUGGUGACGUACGGACAAGCCGCCGUUUUUGUUCUGCUCUCAUGGAUGCUUCAGUGCUCAAGUCCGUCGCCUUUUCCAUCUUCACAAGUGAUAAAGGAAUGGGUGGACCAGAUGCAGCAGGACCUGGUGUCUCUGGCCGACACUGCCAGCGGGGGAAAGAGCCUCGCUCAGAUUUUUCUGGAUAAUCGCAAUCACUUCACGGUGGAGUCGAACAACGCGGCACAGCUGGUGGCCAGCGCUGCCCGGAACAUCGAGAGCCUUCUGCUGAAGAGGUCCAGGGCCCUUGAGGCUCUGGCCACUGCAGCGGAGAGCUUUCAGGAGGAGCAUCAGUGGAAGGAUGACCUUCAGGCGGGGGAAAUCGUGUACUACAACGCCAAGGAGAACAUCAAUGGUAAUGACACUGAUAAAGACAAGAAGAAUCGGCUCAGGCCGGAUUUCAAAGAGGAUGUGCAGUUCAGGCGGGUGAUCUCCUACAACCUCUCUGCAGUGCACAUCCCUACGGACAUAUACGACGGCUCUACCAUUGUGCUGAAUGAGCUGAACUGGACAGAGGCUCUGGAGGAUGUGUUCAGGAAGAAUAAGGAAGAGGACCCCUCCCUACUGUGGCAGGUGUUCGGCAGCGCCACAGGGCUCGCACGAUAUUACCCAGCGUCUCCGUGGAUGGAUGCACGCAAGACGCCCAAUAAGAUAGACCUGUAUGAUGUUCGCCGCAGACCAUGGUAUAUACAGGGAGCCGCUUCACCCAAGGACAUGUUGAUUCUGGUUGAUGCGAGUGGAAGUGUAUCUGGUUUGACCCUCAAGCUCAUCCGGACCUCCGUGAGUGAGAUGCUGGAGACCCUGUCCGAUGAUGACUACGUCAACGUGGUCUACUUCAACACUAAUGUGAACAACACGGCCUGCUUCGAUCGCCUGGUCCAAGCCAAUGUGCGCAACAAGAAGAUUCUGAAGGAUGCUGUUCAGAAUAUCUCAGCUAAAGGCAUCACAAACUACACCAAAGGCUUCGAGUUUGCUUUCGAUCAGCUUUCUCGGGAAAACAUCUCCAGGGCAAAUUGCAACAAGAUCAUCAUGCUGUUUACUGAUGGAGGAGAGGAGCGAGCCAAGGAGAUCUUAGAGCGCUACAAUCAUGACAAGAAGGUCAGAGUGUUUACUUUCUCAGUGGGGCAACACAACUACGACACCAGACCUAUCCAGUGGAUGGCCUGUAAUAACAAAGGAUACUUCUUUGAGAUCCCAUCCAUCGGAGCAAUCCGAAUCAACACUCAGGAGUAUUUGGAUGUCCUUGGCAGGCCCAUGGUUCUUGCAGAUGAGCAAGCCAAGCAGGUGCAAUGGACUAAUGUUUACCUCGACGCACUGGAGCUCGGUCUGGUCAUCACUGGAACUCUUCCCGUCUUCAACAAGACCCGGUCCAAGCAGGACGGCUCACAGAACCAGCAAAAUCAACUGAUCCUGGGAGUGAUGGGAGUGGACGUGUCUCUGGCUGACAUCAAGAGACUCACGCCUCGCUUCACUAUCGGUCCUAAUGGAUACUACUUUGCCAUCGAUCCCAACGGAUACGUGCUGCUGCAUCCUAACCUGCAGCCUAAGAAUCCAAAAUUCCAGGAGCCGGUCACCUUGGACUUCCUCGAUGCAGAGCUAGAAAAUGCCAACAAAGUGGAGAUCAGGAAACAAAUGAUUGAUGGGGAGACUGGAGAAAUGACCAUAGAGACACUGGUGAAGUCAUUUGACGAGAGAUACAUCGACCGAGGCGUGAGGACAUACACCUGGGCACCUGUCAAUGGCACAGACUACAGCUUGGCCAUUGUUUUACCAGAGUACAGCCGUCAUUACAUCCAAGCCAGCCUGGGAGACACUAUUGAGCAGGCCAAAUUUUUAGAAACAAUGCAGGCGGAGAAAUUUGAGGAAUAUGGCUAUACCUUCAUAGCACCCAGGGAGUACUGCAAGGACCUGAAGCUCCGCGACAACAACACCAAGUUCCUGCUGGACUUUAACGAGUUCAUUGAUAGGAACACCCCGACCGACCCCUCAUGUAAUGUAACUUUGGUGAACAGACUGCUUCUGGAUGCUGGGCUUACGGCAGAGCUCGUUAAAUUAUGGAAAGAACAGACUGUAGAUGGCGUCUUGGCCCAGUUUGUGGCCACAGAUGGCGGGAUCACUCGAGUCUACCCGAAGAGUGCUGGCGAAGAUUGGAUUGAAAAUCCGGAGACCUACGAGUCCAGCUUUUACAAGCGCAGCCUGGACAAUGACAUCUACAUAUUCACCGCUCCAGAUCCAAAUAGUCUAGAGAAGGACUCCAUCUACGAGGCCGGCGUUCUGGUCAGCAAGGUGGUCGACGUGAACAUCGACGGCGUGAUCCUCAAGCCCGCAGUGGUGGGGGUGAAGUUGAACAUCUCAGCUUGGAUGAACAUCUUUAUUAACGCCACCCUUAAGAAAGAUUGCAAAGAAGAAAUAUGUGGCUGCCUAAGGAACGAUAAGGAGGUGGACUGUGUGCUAUUGGAUGACGGGGGCUUCUUGCUCAUGUCCAAUCAGGAUGAGUACAUCAGUCAGAUUGGUCAGUUCUUCGGGGAGGUGGACCCCGUGCUGAUGAUCAGCCUGGUCAACAAGUCGCUUUACUCGUUCAACAAGAC